UGAGGGGACGGGCAUCCAAAGCUUGGAAACAGCCUGAGAGCGUCGGUCAGGGUCGCCCUCGCCGGACACCCCGCUGUUUCGGUGCUCCCAGAAACCCGCCUCCGCACCGUGGUUGCCCCUCGAGGCUAGUGACCUUAUUCCGGCUGCCCCUUCAAAAUUGGCCCCUGGCCGCUCAUCCUGGAGCAUUUGAUUCUCCACCUGUUGAAUCCGUUUCGGAUUUGUGGCCGUUGUUUAAGACGCGGCAGGAAGGGAGCCAGAUGGAGACCUGGCCUCUAGCUGCUGCUUUCUCUUCCCCCAGCUCUGCCUUCCAGGGACACGGCCGCCCUCCGGGAGAGGAGGCCCCAGCAGGAGGCGGCCGGGACAGGAAUUGAACGGCAAGCCACGUCCCAGAAGUUUUCAGUGUAAGAGACCUGUCGGGGAAGCUGGUUCCCAUUUGCCCACAUUCUGAGCCCACUGACGUUCGGUGACGUGGCGGUGGAGUUCUCCGGGGAGGAGUGGGCCUGGCUGGACUCGGCCCAGAGGAGCCUGCACCGGAGCGUGAUGCUGGAGAACUACAGGAACCUGGCCUCGCUGGGGCUUUGCCUGUCUAAGCCCGAGAUGAUCUCGUCGUUGGAACAGAGGAAGGAACCCUGGGCUGUAAAGAGAAAGUCGACCAGUGGCAAGUGCCCAGACUUGCAGACUCUGCUGAAGACCCAGGAGUUGCCUUCAGAGAAGAACUUAAGUGAAGAGGCGUUGUCCCAGGAGCAGUGCACGGAGAGACCCCCAGAGCGCGCUGUUCUCGGGGAAGGCUGGGCUUACGCCGCUGUGUGUGAGGGGCAGUCGGGCUUGGUGGCCGUCACAGCCGUGGCCACAGACGUCUCGCAGCGGCCAGACCCCGCUGGGCAGAGUUUCUGUAGGAGCGUGGUGUGGGCGGACCGCCAUCCGGGGACAGGAGGACACUGUGCGUCUCAGCCAGACCUGGUCUCUUUGCUGGAGCGCAGGAAGGCGCCUUGGACGGCGGAUGGAGAGCUGGUCAGAGCCCCGUCCUCAGGCCAGCAGUGUGUACAGGAAACUCAGGAGUUACUUUCAAAGCAGAGUUCUUUUGCUGAAGUGGUAACAGACAGAAUUUCAGACAUUAACGUAGAGUGUUCCUCGCUCAGAGAAAGGUGGGACGCUGACCGUUUGUUUGAAAGGAAGCUGGCAGGUCAGGAGACAAGACUCGGGCAGGAGGCAGUCGCUCACCACAGCACCUUCUCUGAAGAGAGAGUGUGUCGGUAUAACAAACCAGGUAGAUGGUUCCACCUGGACAUCUCGGAAGAGGGAGGCCACCGCCCUGACUCGGUUAAGAAAGCUUUGCCCCCAAACUCAGUGCUGAUAAAAGAUGCGGGAAUCUACACAGGGAAAAAACUCUUCAAAUGUCAGGAAUGCAAGAAAACCUUCACACAGAGCUCGUCGCUCACCGUCCACCAGAGGAUCCACACGGGCGAGAAGCCGUACAAGUGUAAGGAGUGCGGCAAGGCCUUCAGCGACGGCUCUUCCUUCGCGCGCCACCAGCGGUGCCACACGGGCAAGAAGCCCUACGAGUGCCUGGACUGCGGGAAGGCCUUCAUCCAGAACACGUCGCUCGUCCGCCACUGGAGGUACUACCACACCGGGGAGAAGCCCUUCGACUGCCUGGACUGCGGGAAAGCCUUCAGCGACCACAUCGGGCUGAACCAGCACCGGCGGAUCCACACCGGGGAGAAGCCGUACAAGUGCGAGGCGUGCGGCAAGUGCUUCCGCUACGGCUCGUCGCUGACCAUGCACCAGCGCAUCCACACCGGGGAGAAGCCCUACGCGUGCGAGGUGUGUCGCAAGGCCUUCAGCCACCACGCCUCCCUCACGCAGCACCAGCGCGUGCACUCGGGGGAGAAGCCCUUCCGGUGCAAGGAGUGCGGGAAGGCCUUCAGGCAGAACAUCCACCUGGCCAGCCACCUGCGGAUCCACACCGGGGAGAAGCCCUUCGCGUGCGCGGACUGCGGCAAGGCCUUCAGCAUCAGCUCGCAGCUGGCCACCCACCAGCGCAUCCACACCGGGGAGAAGCCCUACGCCUGCAAGGUGUGCAGCAAGGCCUUCACCCAGAAGGCCCACCUGGCCCAGCAUCAGAAGACGCACACGGGGGAGAAGCCCUACGAGUGCAAGGAGUGCGGGAAGGCCUUCAGCCAGACCACGCACCUGGUGCAGCACCAGCGCGUCCACACCGGGGAGAAGCCCUACAAGUGCCUGCAGUGCGGGAAGGCCUUCGGCGACAACUCGUCCUGCACGCAGCACCAGCGGCUGCACACGGGCCAGAGGCCCCACGGCUGCGCCGAGUGCGGGAAGGCCUUCAAGACCAAGUCGUCCCUCACCUGCCACCGCCGGAGCCACACCGGCGAGAAGCCGUACGAGUGCAGCGCCUGCGGCAAGGCCUUCAGCCACCGGCAGUCCCUGAGCGUCCACCAGAGGAUCCACUCCGGGAAGAAGCCCUACGAGUGCAAGGAGUGCCGGAAGACCUUCAUCCAGAUCGGCCACCUCAACCAGCACAAGAGGGUGCACUCGGGGGAGCGGCCGCCCGGCCCCAGGCGGAGCCGCAGGGCCUUCCGGCAGGGCGCGCACUUUGCGCAGGCGCGGACGCACCCGGGAGAGGCGCCCGCGCACCCCGCUCCCGCGGCGAGCCCCGCGGACCUCUUACCCACGUUCCUCUGGAGCCCGCCCUCACUGCCAUCCCUGCAGUCCUGAGACGCUGCUCUGCAGGCCGCCGAUGGCCGCGCUGCAAACCCCGUCCCCCUCUUGCUUGGGUACUGCCCCGUUCUUGUCCUGUUUCCUCUUCAGGUUGCCAGUUGAACUGAACGCGGAAUUCGUUUACGCCUCACGUAAAAAUCGGUGAUGCGAUCCUUCAGAUCGGUGAAUACGUAAGAUGUUAUUUAGCAGGACGAGUGGUCCAUACCAAGGGAUGAGUGAUGUUAGCUCUUUAUAGAACAUUAGUUUUGGACACAGAAAAGUUACCAUUGGCAACUGACAAAACGAUGCACAGAACAAAGUUAAGGAUUUUAGAUCAGGAAUGGGUGAUUCAAGAUAGUCAGUGAGGCUUUUCCGGUUUUGGUUUAAAACUCAAUUCCAUAAUACUGAGUGAGUACUGGGCCUUUUCAUGUAUCUGCCUGUGUGAGGUGCUGUGACCUUGUUGGUGAGAGAAUUACUUAACACUCUGCAAGACUUGAUCAUUUAAAGUCACUUGGGUAAAGUCAAGUCACUCAGUUGUGUCCGACUCUUUGCGACCCCGUGAACUGCAGCCCACCAGGCUCCUCAGUCCAUGGGAUUCUCCAGGCAAGAAUACUG